CCUCCCCUUCCGUCGCCAUCCGCGCGGGGCCGCAGUGCCGCCUACAGGCCCGGAGGAGCCACAGUGCCGUCCCCAGGCGGCUGGGACCUCCCUGCGGGGGCGGGGCACGCGAGGGGUCAGGGCCCGAGGUCCUGGGCUUGAGAGUCUCGGGCGGGGAGUGGAACCACGGUCCUCGCCCUGCAGCUCGCCCCGCCCUGCUAAUGGGACCGGCCAGCCCGGGAGGCCCCUGACCCUUGGGGAAGCCCGCUGGGCGAUGGGGACCCUCGCCUCCCGCCAAGUGAGCUGUGAACCACGUCCUGCGCAACCUCUCGCUCUCCAAAACUGUUUGUAAUAUUUAAACGAUAUUUGGCUUAGGAGAAUUUCAUAAAGUUAGCCAGAUCUCGGGUCUCAAUUUAGACUCGGGGUGCUGGGGGGCAUAGUAUCCCUGGAGUACAUUGGACAGCAAAAGUCCAAUCGUUGCCUGCCGAGUGGACCUGCAGUGCUUAAACCCCGUCACCCGGCUGGCGGGGUCCCAGGCCCUGGGGUUUCUUUCGCCCGGGAGUCCACGCCCUGAUGCUGGGAUGGCCCUGUCCCCCUGCGGGUGGCUGGGGGCCUGGGGCUGCCUCACACGACGGUCCCAGCAGGGAAUCUCUCGACGUCCCGACCUUCCCGGCCCUUGGGGAGUCGCCCGGCAGGUUCCGGACCCACCCGCAGAGGAACCCGGCCCACGCGCGGCGCCUUUAAGGCCCCUCCGCUGGCUCCCCAGUCACGUGACCUGGCCGUCGCUUGGCAACAGGACGCCGCGGAGUCCUGCUUCUCCUCCAGGCGCAAUGGCUGAGGAAUGCCCCAGAGCGUGCGCGGAGCCUGUGGCGCCCAAGGCCACGGCCCCGCCGGAGAGGACCAGCGACUACUACCGCGUGAGCGCGGACCUGCCGGGCAGGUUCAACAACCCGGGGUGGUUCCGGGGCUACAGAACCCAGAAGGCUGUCUCAGUGUACAGGACCAGUAACCAGGCUUACGGGAGCAGAGCCCCCACCGUGCACGAGAUGCCUCGGGUGGAAUGUUCCGGAACAAUACUCUCAAUGUUUACCUGGAGAAAAGCAUCGUGACUGGCCCCGAUAACUGCAUCACCUCCUGUGACCGGCUCAACUUCCACCCCAGUUACAACAUCAACAGGCCAUCCAUCUGCGAUUGAGGGGCUGGAAACUCCCUCUAGGAGUCCUCUGACCCCAGGGCCUCCUGGAAAAUCAUCGUCCCUCAUCACCCACAGUCGCCCGAUUGUGACGGCACAGACUGCGCUGCCUUCCCUGAAAAUAUUAUUCGUCUGCAGAGUAGGAAAAUAUGCAAACGGGGCCAUGAAGUCCUGCCAUUUCACAUCUAAUAAGUACAUGGGAAAGAUGCUAAUGGUUGACUUUGCAUUAAAAACGUUGUCACAUCCUGA